AUAUAUAGCCUAUAUACAGAUAUACCUAACUUCUCCGCCGUGCAGUGUUGUGAUUUACGAUUUUUUUGACUGUCGUGGAUCUGCCGAUAGACGCUUUGCACGUACGGUAACAGCGUAGUCACGCAGAGGUCGAGUUAUUCCUUGAAAGAUGGCGGCGCCGAGUGGAGUGCCAUGUGCGGAUAUUCAACUUUUUAUGGAAAAAUUGAAGGAAAGGCGACAAACUGAUGACAGAAUCAUUCAUGAACUAAACUCAUUAUUUCCAAAAGAAGAAUUUGCAGGAAAAGUCAAUUUCACUUCACAAUGCAAAGAUUUAUAUCACACGAUGAGAACUGGCCACUCUGGCAGAAUAAAUGACAUCACAGCAUGUAUCCAAGAAACAGCUGACAAAGCAAAAAAUUUGAAGCAGCAAAGAGAUAAAGAUCCGGAGAAUUAUAAAAUAUCAAAGAAUUUAAGGAAAGAACAAGGAAAUCUUCGUCUCUUCCAACAAGAACUCAAUGUAGAAGAAAUUGUCUGGGAACGAGCGGAGAAGGCUUUUUAUGAAAGAUGUAGAACGUAUUACAAGCCGGACUCUUGACGAAAAGCAAGAUGGCUAAUUUAUGGACACAAACUUGUGAUUAAACUUUUUA